GUGACUGUUACAAGCGCCGCCACGGAAAGGCCACGUGGCGCUGUGGCGUACAUGCUCACAAGAACCGGCCGCAGUGCUGCUGCUCCAAUGGAGCCUUGAUAGCUUACCACAAAGAUGACGCCUACCGCAAGGACUUCUGCCCCAAGACUCCCAAGUGGUAUGACAUCACUUCCAGCCUUAAAAUCGACAUCAACAGCGGCUGGCAGGCGAAGUAUGUGCAAGCGAAGAAGUGCGAGCUCCGGGACCAUACCUCCGUGGCCACCUACCACAAGAAGAAGUCUGCUGGAGACAAGGCCUCCGCGACCUUUGGCACAGUGGGCCAGUGGAUCUCAGACCACAGGCCCAGGAUCGGCGAGUACCAGGUGCCCGUCACCAACACCGCAACGGGGCAACAGGGCUUGCAGACACGACGCUACUUCUACACCAAUGCCGGUCUCGCAAAGAAGUACGACCACUGA